UCGACACGUGAGGCGGUAACUUUCAUAUGUCUCAACUGGGCAUCUGGAAGAAGUUACUUGCGCUUUUGUUUACUCUGAGAAGUAUUUCAGAGUACCAUUGUAACUUCAAAAUGUCUUUCGUAAAAGUUGAGGAGAAAAGUGACUUUUCUUAUCACAAUUUGCCUUACGGAGUUUUUUCCACGCCAGAUAAUCCCAGGCGCAGAAUCGGCGUAGCCAUUGGAGACCAAAUUUUGGACCUUAGUGUUAUCAAGCAUCUUUUCAAUGGACCAGCUCUUGGGCCCCACCAGCAUGUUUUUGAACAGCCCACACUCAAUGCAUUUAUGGCUCUGGGUUAUGACGCUUGGAGAGAAGCGAGAAAGUGCCUCCAGAUGCUUCUGGCUGCAAAUGAGUCCACGCUGCGUGAUGACGUCAGUUUAAGAAGCAGGGCGUUUGUUCAUCUGAGUUCAGCAGUGAUGCAUAUCCCAGCUGAGAUAGGUGACUACACAGACUUUUACUCAUCGAAAGAUCAUGCCACCAACGUUGGAAUAAUGUUCCGUGGAAAAGAAAACGCAUUGAUGCCUAACUGGCUGAGACUGCCAGUGGGGUAUCAUGGGAGAGCUUCCUCUGUGGUGGUCUCUGGAACACCCAUCAGAAGACCUCAAGGACAGAUGAGACCAGAUGCAGCUCAGCCGCCCAUCUUUGGACCUAGCAAACAGCUGGAUAUAGAGUUAGAGAUGGCGUUCUUUGUGGGAAAAGGGAACAAUCUGGGAGAACCCAUCCCAGUGGAGAAGGCUCACGAGCACAUCUUCGGCAUGGUGCUUAUGAACGACUGGAGUGCUCGUGAUAUCCAGGCUUGGGAAUACGUUCCAUUAGGUCCAUUCCUGGGCAAGAAUUUUGGGACCACCAUCUCUCCCUGGGUUGUUCCCAUGGAAGCACUGAUGCCCUUUGUUGAACCCAAUCCUGUCCAGGACCCUGUGCCUCUUCCAUACUUGUGUCACGAUGACCCCUACAUGUUCAAUAUCAACCUCUUUGUCACUGUGAAAGGUGAGGAGAUGCAAGAGGCCGCCACCAUUUGCAAGUCUAAUUUUAAGUACAUGUACUGGUCCAUGAAACAGCAGCUGGCACACCACACAGUCAACGGCUGCAACGUCAGAGCGGGCGACCUGCUGGCAUCUGGCACCAUCAGUGGACCGGAUCCAGAGAGUUUUGGCUCUAUGCUGGAGCUCUCAUGGAGGGGAUCCAAGACUAUUGACCUCGGCAUUGGAGAGACAAGGACCUUUUUGAAGGAUGGAGACGAGGUCACUCUCUCAGGUUAUUGUGAGGGCAGUGGCUAUAGAGUGGGAUUCGGUCUGUGUGAGGGGAAGAUCCUUCCUGCGCUGCAACAGUGAUCCCUCUCUUGCUCUCCCUCCCUACUGUAAGCCAGACAAAACACAUGGCAUCUACAGUAUUAUUCAUCCUCUAGUAUUCAUAACCUGUUUAAAACCUAUUUAAAGGUCUUUAGGACUUUUAAAAAUUACGUAAAACUCUUUUUACACCUGUAAUCUGGAGAAUUUCUGGGUGAAACAGGAUUCAUUAAGAAAAAAUGCAGGACGGGACUUGAUUUUGACCAUCGGAACUGGUUGGAUUGUGAAAAGUGGGUGUUAAAUAUCACA